AUGUCAUUUGUUCAGAAGAGUCAUCUGACAAUGCGUCGACGGACAGGAACGAGAAAAAAUCGCUAUCCACGCUACGUUUGUUAUCCGAGGAUUGAUACUAACAGGAAUGACAGUGAAUUGACAGUACACCCGCGUAUGUGCACGGAUAAGAAAUCAUACUCAUGCGACGUGUGUGACAAGGAGUUUAUCAGUAAUAGCCAACUGAUAAUACACCGGCGGACGCACACGGGUGAAACACCGUACGAAUGUGACUUGUGCGGUAAGUCGUUCUCUCAAAGAAGCAAUUUGACCAGUCACCUAAGGACGCAUACGGGUGAAAGGCCGUACUCUUGUAACGUAUGCUACAAGUCGUUCUCUCAAAAGUUCACUUUGGCCAAUCACAUGCGGACGCACACAGGUGAAAAACCGUACAAUUGUGACUUGUGUGGUAAGUCGUUCUCUCAAAGAAGCAAUUUGACCAGUCACCUAAGGGCGCAUACGGGUGAAAGGCCGUACUCUUGUAACGUAUGCUACAAGUCGUUCUCUCAAAAGCUCACUUUGGCCAAUCACCUGCGGACGCAUACAGGUGAAAAACCGUACAAUUGUGACAAAUGCAAUAAGUCGUUCUCGCAAAGAAGCAAUUUGACCAGUCACCUGCGGACGCACACAGGUGAAAAGCCGUACCACUGCGACGUGUGA